AUGUCGCGCCCAGGGCGCCAGAGCGCUCCCGCCGCCCUCAACGGCGCUCUCCCGCCCUCUCCUCAUCUCCCUCCGGCCGGCGAGCAACUCGCACAACCUCGUCAAGAAGUGCUAGUGCCUCGCCACGACCCUCACGAUCCUCCCCAAGUCGGGCACGACCCUCCUCCCGCGCCCGCCAUCCUCCAGCGCCGCGCAAACGCGCCGUCUCGCAUCCCCACGCGCGUCAAGCCGGGCCAGCCGGGCCAAGGUGCGGCCAGUACGUCGGCGGCGACUCGCACCAGCGAGGCCGAGGUGCCCAUCGACGCGCGCCGCCAGCUCGCGCCCUCGACCGCCUCGGGCGCUCGCGCGACCUCGUCCUCGUCCUCCUCCGCCGCGCGUCGCGCCGACCCGUUCAACGCCAACGCCGAGGCCGGCCCGUCGACGGUCGCCGUCGACGACAAGAAGCGCAAGGCCGACGACGGCAACGGCGGCGGCGCCGCGCUCAAGCGCUCGCGCACCUCGAGCGACGCGGCCGCCCCUCCCGCAGUCGGCGAGCGCGACGACGCCGACAAUGCGCGCGAUCCUGCGCGCGGCGCCCUCGCGAGCGGGCCGGGCGCCUUCCCGGCGUCGAGCAAUAAGGUCAACUCGGCACCGGGCGCUCCCGCCGGUCCGGGUUCCAAGGUCCUCGGCAAGCCGGGCACGUUCGGCUCGCGCGGCCUGCAGGCGCACAAGCCCGUCGGCGGCGGCACCGGCGUCGACCUCAAGGGCAAGGGCAAGGCGCGCGAGGUGGACGAGGACCGCCGCGACGGCGGGACGGACGAGCGCGCCGAGGCCAAGAAGCGCAACGUCAACAAGUCGGCGACCACCCUCUCGCGCGCCGGCAAGAAGCCGAUGUCGACCACGUCGUCAAGCGGCCUGGCCGGCGCCCAGCUCCGCCCGUCGGCAUGGGCCGCCUCGACAACGGCUCGCCUGCCAGGGCCGCCGCAGGCCCCGCCGCAGGCCGCGAGCACCACCUCGCACGCGCGGCUGCCCGUCCAACCGCCGGCUCGCCGCCCGGCCGAGACGGCGCCGUACGUGCGCAAGACGGCGCCCCUCGCCGACGUGCGCGAGCGCAAAGCGGCGGCAGCUCAGAAGGCCGCCGAGGUCGCCGCCGCUCGCGACCUCGAGGUCAAGCGUGCCGCCGCCGAGCUGGAGCGGCAGCGUCGCGUGAUCGCGCCCACACCGCGCCUCAAGGUCCGCCCGCGCACGACGACCGCCCACGCGAUCGGCGGCCUCGCGCUGUACGCCAACUCGCGCAUCCACGUGCGCGACGACAGCGUCGAGCCGGGCGCACACGUCGGCGCCGCUGGCGGGCCGGGCCCCGGCACGGCCGCCCACCGCCGGGCGCAGGAGGAGGGCGACGCGCCGGCGCCGCCUCAGCCGCAGCGGCCGCGCGAGGGCCUCCUCGACGAUCGCCCUAUCCGCCCGCUCAUCCCGCUCGGCGAACCGGGCGAGCGCAAGGCGGCGGCACGAGCCGGCGCUGGCCCACUCGGCGACGGCGGCGUCAACGCGCCUGAGCGCGACGGCGAGCGCGUCGCGCUCGGCAGCCGCCUUCUGGCCAUGGGUCGCCCGCUGUCUGAGCCUACCGACGACUCGGACGACAGCGGCAUGCUCGACGUGCCGGGCAAGGAGGCCGGUUCCGGCGACGAGGGCGACAUCGGCUCGGAGGACUCGCUCAUGGCGUACGAUGAGCUCGACAAGGUUGCGCCCGACCUCGACCUCCACCUCGACGACGCGCUCGACGAGAUCAUCGAGGCCGACGUCGACAUGUUCGACGUCCAAGCCCCAGUCGACUACAUCGCGGCGAGACGUGACGGUCGGGUCGAGGGCUUCGGCGACGGCCAGCCGGCGCAGCCGCCGGCCCAGGGCGAGGCGGAGCAGGAGCAGGAGGAGGAGGUCGCGGCGGGCGACGACGCCGAGGACGGGGCACCGCACGAGCGUGCCGCCGAUGGGCGUGUCGACGAGGUCGUCGUCGAGGGCGAGGACGAGGAUGACGCCGACAUGCCGCAGCUCUCGCCCGACCAGGACAAGCCCGUCCUCGCCUCGUCCGACAGCGACUCGCGCGACGGCCACGAGUCCGAGGACGACGCCACGGACGGCUCGGCGCCACCUCGGCGUUCGAGCGACGUUGGGCUCGUGCGCGGGCACGUGCCGGGGUCGGACAGCGAGGAGGACGAGGACGACGCGUCGGUCACGGACCACCAGGACCGGUCCCUCGAGGUCGGCCGGGGCCCUUCCCGGCACGAGAGCAGCUCCGAGGAGGAGCAGGCUGAGGACCAGCAGGUCGAGGAGCUCGUGUGGGUGCCGGAGGACGGCGGGGGCGGGCAGUACGGGGCGUUCUCGUCCAAGGACGAGGACCGGGAGAACGGCUAUCGAGUCGCUCGCAAGGGUACCACGAGCUCUCCCGUCGGGCAGUACUACCGCGGUGGCGAGGCCGACGAGCGCGAGGACGAGGACGAGCGCCGCAUCGAGCUCGACUCGGACAUCGAGGGCAGCAGCUCGUCCGCCGACUUUUCCCUCGACGGGCUCGACGACGACGAGCUCGAGAUCAUUCGGCGAGGCGGCUUCGCCGAGGAGGAGCGCGAGGAUGCGCCCGUCGCCAAGGUCGUCGUCGACGAGCGCACCAUGCUCGAGAAUGGGGGGCGUCGGUACGACUGGGCGACUCAGUGCAAGGACCCGGAGUACCUUCCCUCCUGGCGCGUUCACCUGGCCCUCGUCAAGGCGUCGCCUUUGGCGUUUAUCCGUGGCCCGCUCCCCAAGGCGAGCAGCAACGGCCUCGCGCUUGAGCUCUUCGCGCCGCCCCGGUUCAUGGCGCUUGAGCUUGCCGACCUCUACAAGAUGCUCACUGGUCGUGAGCAGAUCCGGCGUGAGGGGCGUGCUCGUCUCGGGUACGAGCUUGCGCAGGUGCACGGCCUCGAGCAGGACGAUGGCGAGGGCCUGGGCACGAGCGAGGGCGAGGGCACGAGCGAGGGCGAGGGCACGAGCGAGGAGAUCGAGGAGAGCGAGAUGAGCAGCAGCGAGGACGACAGCGACUCGAGCGCGACCACGUCGACGGGUGAUGCGACGCCGAGCCGUCGUCGCUCCUCGCCGAGGUCGUCCCUCCAAGGCCAAGGGCGUGCUGCCGUCGUCGAGGACGAGGAGGAGGAAGAGCUCGCUGAGAAGGGUCCGCCGCCGCAGCCGUCGACACCGGCCAGCUCGGCCGCCGGUGUGUUCUCGGGCGAGGAGCAGCGCAGCCAGCCGGGCAGCUCCUCGACCAAGGCGUCGAACGACGAGUACCGCCCCGGACGCCAAGACCGCUACGCCAAGAAGGCGGCCGUGUUCCGACCAAUCCAGUACUUGACGACGCAGCGCAAGGGCUGGGAGGCCGACUACAAGGCCGCCAAGCAGGCGUGA